AGCUACUUUUUAGCCAAGAAGACACCUGUUUUACAGUCAAACUUCACUAUGUCUUCAGAUUUUGAAGCCUAUGAACAGGACUUUGGAACCCUGACAGCAGAAAUAACCAACAAAAUUGGAAGGAUUCCCAAAUUAGGUGGAGAGGAGAAGACACAGCUGGUUCUAAAUGUCGACAAACAGCUCGAAGAAGUCAGAGAGUUGAUGGAGCAGAUGGAUCUGGAGGUGCGUGAGCUCCCCAUCCAGAGCAGAGGCAUGUACCAGAGCAGACUGAAGAGCUACAAGGGGGAGAUGGACAAGCUGGAGAAAGACUUUAAAAGGUCACGUAUCGCCUACAGUGAUGAGGUGCGGAACGAGCUCCUGGGGGAAGACGCUGGCUCCUCUGAGAGUCAGUUGAUCAAGUUACGUGAAGAGAGAGCACAUCUGUUGGACAACACAGAGAAGCUGGAAAGGUCAUCUCGGAGGCUGGACGCAGGCUACCAGAUAGCAGUGGAAACCGAACAAGUUGGCCAAGAGAUCCUGGCUAACCUACACACCGACCGCGAGAAGAUCCAGAGAUCCAGAGAUCGGCUGAGAGAGACAGACGCCAACCUGGGCAAGAGCUCCCGCAUCCUAACCGGCAUGCUGAGAAGGUAAGAGGCAGAAUCAUCCAGAACAGAGUCCUGGUCUUCGUCCUCGGCGCCAUCAUCCUCAUCACCAUCAUCCUGGCUAUCUAUUUCAAUGUGCGAGGGCACUGAUCUCCCUAAUUCUCUCUCUCUCACACACACACACACACACACACACCAGGCGUGAUUAAUAGCGACAAAAGCAUUGCUCUGGAGUAAUUAGGACAAAUGGUUCCAAUGAAUCACUUUCCAGGCCAUGACAGGGGUCUCUCUCUCUCUCUCUUCUUUCUCUCGCUCUCUCUCUUCUUUCUUUCUCUCGCUCUCUCUCUCUCUCUCUCUCUCUCUCUCUCUCUCUCUCUCUCUCUCUCUCUCUCUCUCUCUCUCUCUCUCUCUCUCUCUCGCCCCCACAGUUUUUGUUCUUUUGUUUUUGAUAUUAUUCAUGGUGUUGUCACUGGACUGUGUUUGAUUGGAUCCAUCUUUCCCCUGGGUAGAGAGAGAGCCUAUGGGGAAUUCAAAGAGUUUAGAUGUAAAUCCUGCUAGUGUUGUGUAUGCACUACUUCCAUGGUCUAACCUAAGGUUUCCGCAGUCCCUUUUCUGUGUGUGUGUGGGUGCUUGUCUAUCUGUACGCAGGGCUUUCUUCUCCCUCUCUGUCAGACCAACUUUCAAUCCAUCUAGUGUAUUAGGUGCUAGACUCAACUCUGAUUAACAUUGGGGCUUACUACAUGCGUCCACAGUCACACACACACAGCCUCCAGGUACAAAGGACAGUACCUUCAAAUAAGAGGUGGUAGUCCGUCACCUCUUUCCACACGGUUGGGCCCAAAUAUGAGAUCUACGUUCGUAAAUGGAAGACUUAUUCGACUUAUAGAAAACGCAUGAAAAGGUUUGCUUCUGUUUUGACUCAAGGAAGGAGACACUGUUUGAUUCGCCUGUCCUCUUCACAAUAUUCACUCGUAUCAUUGAUAUCGGACUGUGUUUGAUCUCAACGUUGUCCAGACUCCAUGAUAUUUUGUUCAUACACACAUGACAUUAAUAUAGAAUUGAUUGUAGUAGUCCACAUACUGCACUAACUGGCAAAUCUACAUAAAUUGUACGCAGAGAAAAAAAAGGCUUUUAGGUUUUUCAUAUUACCAGUAAUUCUGUUACUAUUUAUUUAUAUACAUUGUUUGAGAAUUGAUGAUUUAUUUUUGUUGAUUAUCAUUAAGUGUACAUUUUAUGGAGUCUAUUGUAAACGUAACCUGACGCAGACCAAUGGUCUUUGGCCAGCGAAUCACAUGACAUGUAUAGUUCAUAUUUCUCCAGGACCAGUUCAUUCAUGGAUUGCUUUGAUUGUGUGUGAAUUCAGACUUAAGUCAUUUUUAAUAUGAAUGAAAUUGCUCUGUUGUCCUAUCUAAAUAUUGUUCUUAUUUCUUCGGGUUUUGUCCAGAGUUGUAAUGAUGAAAAUGUUUAUGUAGAGCCUUUAACCCAAACAGCUUCAAGCUGAUAUGUUGUUGCAUGUUUUUACCAACUCCCAAUACUACGUGUGUUUCAGUCCAGUUUGGAAGGGGAGUGCCAUUCUACUGUAGGUGGACAGAGUAAGAUUGUUGUGUUUUAUGUGCAAAAUCCGAGAGGCGCUGCAAAGGGACUGUUUGUGUGUCCUGUCUGUCAUUAGGGCAGAAUGAUGCUCUCAUUAGCCCUGUAACACACACAUUACUCACACACAAACAUACUCUCAUUAAAACAUACACAGGUACCCCCCAUGUCCUCCACCGACAGACAGCCAGAAGGCCGGUGGUCUGCCUGGCUCAGGCCAGACGGCCGCCUGCCUCCGUGCGGCAGAACGAGAGAGAGAGAGAGAGAGAGAGAGGACAUUUGCUAUUCCGUUUCAGGACAAGCCGGUUGUCUUAUUUUGGAAGCGGGGGCUUGUUGGGGGAGGGGGCUUUCUCCGCUACCCCCCAGCCGCCCGGCGGCUUCAAAGGUUCUAUUAAUGACCAACAAAAUAGUGGCUCCCCCUCAAUCCCACGUGGGCCAACCACUGGCCGAGUUAUCAUUAAGUUGAGGAAUAAUGAAAGAGUAAAAAAAGAGGAUAAGGAGAGGAAACGAGGAGGAGGGGGGAGAAAUCCCUGCCAACCUCAUCAGAUAAUCACCUGUGUGAUUUGGUUUUUCCAUCAAAAGAAAGAACAGGUGGAGGUGUGUAUCAGGAUCUAUACCUGGAGGUUGGUGUAUAUGAGCCAAACAACUGAUUAUUGUGUGUACCUAUCUGGAGUGCCUACGUGUGCUCGUCCUCUCUCCUCGGUCCCUUCCUCCCUCCUCUCUCCACCCCCACCCGUCCUCCCUCUUUCCCUCACCCCUGUCUUCCUCCCUCUCUCUCUCUCCCAGCCUGUCAGGGUGAGCAGAGUUGUAGCGCUGCCGCAGCCUCCCUUCUGCCGUGCAUUGUGGCCGCGGAAGACAGCGUGGCAGGCAGCGUGGCCACGGCAGACAGCGAGCACAGCUCUAUUUGAAGUUGUAAUGGUGUCAAAAAGUCAGGGCUGACAGACAGCUGUCAGUCCCACAGGGCCUCAUUAAAAACAGACCCACUUGACAAGGAAAUAAUUGAGCGUCGCCGACAACCCUGCCUGGGCUCCAUUUAGAUGUUUGUAUUUUGUUUCAUUAUUAUUUCUGGCUAUUAUGUUCAUUAGGAAAUGGCAUUAAACAACUUUAGAUAAAGGGGGAGGGCUAAUGAUUUGUUUAGAGGGGGGGGGUAUUAGUUAACAGGAGGCCUGUCAUAUGAUUCCUUGCUUUGGCAGAUGCCUGGUAUCAUCUGCCAACACUCCUUUUUUUAGUCUACUUUCUCUUGUUCUCCUUUUUGUCUGCCCAUCCUUCCUUUUUUCCCAGCCCUCUUAUAUUUACAUUUACAUUUACAUUAUAUCUCUCCAUCCCUCCUUUCUUCCGUUCCCUCUCUCUUUCUCUCUCUCUCCUUCUCUCCCUCCGAGCAGCGGGUGCCUUUAAAGUACGAAAUAGAUUAUUCAUUACCCCCUUUCUGUUCUUUGUGACUGAUUUGGCUUUCGACGAGCAUCUUGCCACGGAGAGAAGGAUGAAAACUUGUCAAAAAUAGGUUCUAUCUUAUUCCAAGGGGCAACAAUAGCAGCAGGUACAGACACCUUUUAAUAUUUAAUUAAGCCCAGUGUUAACCCACCUCAAGUGACUAGAGGUGUGUGAGCUCCAUACAGACAGGAAGAGAGAGGGGAGGGAUUUUGGGGGGGGGUGAUUAGUAAUUGGAUGUCUAAAGCCAUUUAAAUGUGUUUGCUUCUCUCCGAUCGCUAGACAGGCUCGUGUUUUAUGUCCCUGUCCAUUGUCAUAUGAUCAUUGUCUGAGGGGCUGGUGAGUUCGUCAUGUCCAAGGCUGAAUAUGCUUUUUAAGGUUUUGGAGAUGUGUCUACCAUUUAGGUUUGAGUCAUCUCUUCUUCCUUAUGCAAGAGCCAUUUAUGCCACAUUUAAAAAAUCGGGCAAUCUAGCACCCUUCAACCACAGCGCGGGUUAAGCGUACGUCUCCUGGUGUUUGAUACACAAACCAGGGGUCCUCUCGAAAACCGGUAAAAGGGGAUAAUUGUUCCCAGGACGAGUAAACUUUUCGGCAGCGGCCCCUUCCGGUACAAAAUCCUGCCGUUUGUCAGCCGUUUAGGCGGACAGGAAUAGUGACAGGGAGCGUUUGAGCCGUUGUCCCUCUGAAAGACGCACCUUAAACGGGAUAGGUAAACAACUCCGACAGUGGGAUCGCGAUGGGAGGGCAGACGUUUUAUCUCCCAGAGAGUCUCCGCUGUGAGGGACGCCCACCCGCAGACCAGCGAGCCGAAGUCCACAAUGACGCCGUUUGACAAUAGGGAUGAGUCUGCCUCUGUAUCGACUGUCCACACAAACGCAGACAAAAAUACAUUACACACGCAUCCCUCUCUACUGUCACACGUGCUGGAGCAACCCCCUAAACCCCCUUUCAUUCUAUGAUAGUAGAGAGAGGGCUACAGUAUGUUCCCCCUUUCAUUCUAUGAUAGUAGAGAGAGGGCUACAGUAUGUUCCCCCUUUCAUUCUAUGAUAGUAGAGAGAGGGCUACAGUAUGUUCCCCCUGUUUGUACCAGUCCAAGUAGAAUGGCUUUCUUCUUUUUCCCCUCCCUGCUCUUCUCUUUCUCUUUUAAAUCAUCCAACGCUGUUGUUUAUUUUAAUGGUGUUUACACGCACAAAGACAUGACAAUGGCCCUAUUCUCUGCGGUAGGUCACAGAGCUACAGCCGUGUCUAGAGCGCCUACCCUUGUGCUUGUGGGCGAAAAGAUGGAGCCGGAAUAGUGCAAUGGCGAGUGCAGUUGGUUUGCGUGUCGUGUGUGCAUGUUUCGGUCGGUGUUCAAAAUGUCCAUCAAUAGUGUAAGUCUAGUAUCUUGAUGAUCAAGUCCGAGCAGCUGAACUCAACAUUGUGUUGCUUUUCAUACUUUUUUGGGGGGUGUUUAGUUUCUCCCCCCUCCCCCCCGAGACAUUUUUGUGCUUUCUGUAGAUGUGAAGAAAAUUUGUGUUGUCAUUAAAGCAGUAUUGCAUUCCAACAACAAA